AUGACCACAGUGAUGCGGACGGGAGUUGGAGAUGAAGAAAACGCUGGCUUCGGGAAGAUCCAGUACGAGCGGCGACCGAGAAAAGCAGAGACGCGGUGGCGUCAAAGAAACGAGGGACGAUCUCGGAGCUCAGACAACAGCACAGACAUCUACGUCAUCGGAAGAAACCAGGGGCAACGGUGGCUUUCGUUGAAGAAGAAAGAAAGUAGAAUCGUGGAGGGCGGCAGCCGGCAGGGAUUUAAGGUGAAGACGAGGAGAAAAAAGGGCCAGCCACUAUCGAGGAACAGAAAAGGAUGA